UUAUUUGGUCCUCGUCGCAUACGAGGAGUCUAACGACGACGGAACACGACGUCUGCAAGAUACGCGGAACGAAUGCCUCGCGCGUCUCUCCUCAUCUCGCUACCACCGUCGGCCCCACCGGAGUACGGUCGAUCUCCCUCCUGGUGUACGCGACAGACUUGCGGAGACUUACGGAGCAACAAGUGUUACCAGCACGCUGCUUUUGCCCCGCCCCUAAACGAACCAGCUGAGAAACGAUGUCAGCCUCGUGGUGGAAACUGCCCCGAGGCGAUGCAACCACCUCACUCGAGCGCCGAUCGCGCGACAAGCAUCCACGAACCCCGCUUUCAACUCGGCGCAAGUUUUAACGCGAACGCGAACCCGAUUUAUCCUGGCUCGGCGAAAGAAUUUCGAAAAUUUGCGAAAUUACUCCGAAGUCACGGUAUCGAUAUGUGAAAUAUUUGACGACCCGCGAAGCAACAAGCUCUAUUAAGAAUAGAGGUGGUGCGUGAGCUUCGCAAAGCUGGACUUGGUGUCAGAACUUCUUGUCGUAUGCUGGAGAAUUCUGUUUUCCAGUGAUAUUACGAACGAUUUUACAACCUAACAAUACUUGGAUGCAAUCAUUCUCUUUGCCAAAGAGUGUCGAACGAUAGACUGAUACAAGAUUGCAUUUAAACGUCAGUGAUAUCUACAGAAACAUGUGCUACACAUUCGUAGAUAGCCGCUAGCUUGCGUCAUCGCUGAAGCAAGCUGCAAUAAUCUACCGAAAAGUAUAAGAACACUGAUCAUCGAAGGAUGCAAUUAGCGCAAUCCAUACUUUCAUCGUUCGAAUUUGCCUUCUCAAGUAGGAGACCAAGUGUGAGACUUUCAAAGAGAUACACACACAAAGAGAAAAGGGGCGUAGAUAAGAAGUAACGGAGCUGGCGAACCGGGACGAGCAAAAAAGCGAGCUUAAUAAAUAGAAGCUAUAUCGAGACACACGCGCGAGAUACGCGAGUCGGAAUUAAUUAAUCGUGACAACAAUCAAUAGUCGAAACGUGAACUUCGAAAAAAGAAAGAAAGAAGAUCGGGGUCGAGAGCAAAGAGAUCGGCAGAACUACUACUAACCGAGUGAGGGAAGAAUCAUCGCGAAAAGAAAGUGACACGCGCUCCUCGCGAUGAUAACGACGAUAACAAAGCGAUUAAUUGAUUGACAGCUAUUCUUCGCGAGACGGUUCGAGACGAGAUGAACGUGUUUUCCGCGUGUUCCGCGCGAUAAAUCGGUCAAGUUGAUACAGUGCGAUAUUUCUCGAUUCGAUCUUCAGGGCUUCCAUUGUUCGCGCGUCGACGCGACGAAGGGGAUGAAGAUGAACGACGUCAAGCCGGAAAGCUCCAGCACGUCCAUUUCGUCGCCAGGCGGAAACAAUAACAACAAUAACAAUAAUAAUAAUAACAACAUUAAUGGCAAUGGUAAAGCCGCAGCCGCAGCUGCGGCGACGGUGGCUGCGAAUGGCGGCGAAGGAAUCAGCGCCGCCGUCGCCAAGGUUCUUCAGGGAUACGACUGGACUCUGGUACCCGUUGCCACCAAGGGCUCCGGCGACAAAAGGGCGGCCCACGUCAAGAGGCCCAUGAACGCGUUUAUGGUGUGGGCCCAAGCUGCAAGGCGAAAACUGGCCGAUCAGUAUCCUCAGCUUCACAACGCCGAGUUGUCAAAAACGCUAGGAAAGUUAUGGCGGCUCCUGUCCGAUAACGAUAAAAAACCUUUUAUUGAGGAGGCUGAUCGUUUGCGCGUUAUUCACAAGCGCGAGCAUCCAGAUUAUAAGUAUCAACCCCGACGUCGAAAGCAGAACGGGCCUUCUUCCGGUCGUGACAGUUCACCCUCGAGGAAUCAGAGCAAUGUGACAUUUAGCGUUUCCAGGUCGUUGAAACAGGAGGACAUGAGUCCUAGAGGCGUCCAAGGACCUAAUUCACCACAGAGUGGCGUGAGCUCUUCGCCACCGAACCCCGGUCAAGGUCUUUCACCCCCCACCCCUACGACACCCAGAGGACAGCAUUAUGUCAAUCAGAGCAAUCAGCCUCCGCAGAACAAUACCGUAUACUACCAGGAGUUAGUUAGCAAUACGCCAUCGAGCGAUUCUCCGCAUCAGCAGCCGGCGGUCGAUCUUCGGUACAUCGAAAUCGGAGAUGGCCUUCCCGGCGAGGAAAACCAGUUGAAUGGCCUCGGCACUUUGGGAGGGCUCGGCCUGAAUCUCCCGGUGAACUUCCAGGAGUGCGAGGUCGAGAGCAACGAGCUCGACCAGUAUCUACCACCCCAGACCGCGCCGAUACAUCAAUAUCCACCUGUGCAAGUUACCACCGCUUCGCAAUGGUUACUCAACAGAUAUGAGGAGGAGAUCGAGAGGCCGAUCAAGCGCCACUGUUCGGAGCAAGCGAUCGCGGAGGUUUCAUGGGAGGAUAGGACUCAGGAGAUGGUCAGGUACCACGAGUUGCAGCCUCCCCUUCCACCGGUCCAGUACAUAUCCGCCCAUAACGCGCAUCAUUCGCACGCGACCGCGCAGAUGGGUCAUCCGCACGUGUCCACGUCCUAUGCGCAAUAUGCUCAUCGCUACGUACCUGGCAUCGAGACGUGGCCCAACUACAUGUAGGAUCCAAAUCAGGUAAACACGACGAUGGUCAUCAUAUUAUAUUAUUUUUAAUGGAGCGCUAAGAUGCAAAAAGUGUCGUUGAAUAUUCGAUUUACGCAAAUAAGCGCGUAAAAGAAUUUGCAUAAAUCAUCCCAGAUUUGCCGAAUAGGAUUUCAAGGAUUCAGAUUUUUGGAAUUUGAUAUAGCGGUUUUUUCUUCAUAUUAUAUUUGACUCAAUAAUUAAUAAAUUAGAACGUGUUGAUAUUAAUAUAAAAUCAUACGUUAUUGAAGUCUUUUAGAUUAAUUAGGAAUCAAAGAUUUUUUACACAGGGAGAAAAGAGGAUUUAAUCAAUUUUUAUUCACUUGAAAAACGGUUUUAUUUUUAAUAAUAUAAUUAGAUUUCGCAAAAAAACGCUUCUCGUGAAGAAAACAUUGUUAUCAAUCAAAUUCGUUCUAAAAUCUGUUUCUAAAAUUUUUUUGGUAAAUCCGUGGAACGUAUAGAUACUUUUACGGAUAUAUUUUUCUAUAAAACGCUUUAAACGAUGCGUUAAAGACAUUCUAUUUUACUACGUCGACUAUUUUAUUAUAUCGACGGAGAUUCGAGUUACAAACACGCAGAUUGUAUAAACAAAUUGAAUUGAUCACUGCGAUGUUAAAUCUCUGUGGUGUUACUGGGCAUCGAGCCAGAAAGAUAGCCAAAUACAAUGUAAUUAAUGAUUAUAAUUACACAGACGAAUUAUAUUAAUAAAUAUAUAUGCUAAUUUGAUCGCGAACUGUACGCAGAAUGCGCAAAUGAUGCGCGAGCUUUGUGUGAUAAAGUUUAUAAUAUUAGCGUGUAACGCAAAAAUAUUUCAGAUAUCAUUCGUGUAUAUCGGUUUUAGGAUAAAAGGAUAAUCGUUUCUUCGUCAGGAAGGAAAUCCUAAUAUUAUUUCUAACAUUUAAUAGCAUUGCGAAUCUAGAAAAAGAGAAGUAUAAUAAAUAUAAAAAUUAUAUAUUUUGAAGUCCCGAAAACUUACGAUCGAAAUGAUUCUAAUUCCACGUACAAAUUUUACAAACACUUACAUAUGUAAUAUAUUUGUCUAACUAACUGAAAUAAGCAAUAUAUAUAUAUAUAUAUAAGCCAAACAGGAAGGGUUUAUCGCACCUUUUAAAAAGUGCAGAAUGUAAAGAACAUAAUAUAUAUAUUUGCAUAAUAUUGUGAAUAUUUUGAAAAAAAGACAUUAAUAGAAUUCAUUUUGAAUUUAUCUUUUUUUCUCCUAACUUAAAUAUGAAAAAAAUAUAUAUAUACAUUGCAGAAAGUGGUUACGCUUUAUCUACUUUAGAUAUAUUUUUAUCAGAGAUACUCACAAGUCAGAGAUUGGCGGAAUUAAAUCAUUUGAGUUAUGCUUUUAAUUUUCAAUUUUUUAAGAUAAUCACACAGAAUCACAUUUCUUCAUUUAUUUUUCUUCUCGAUUUUUAUA